AAUAUUAAAUCUUUUCUGGAUUUCUCGCAAAUGAAGCAAAUAGGUAUUUACAAUGGUGAUUGGUAUUUACAAUUUUUAUAGUCCUAAUCCAUCCGAAGUCCAAGUCACGAGGUAAGUUUCUAUGUAAUGCCGGCGCCAAACACAGACAAAUAUUUGAACAACGACUUUGCCACACAUUUGAACACAGUUACAGACACUGACCAAACUUAAAUGUUUAUGGCUUUUUUCUUUGAGGUUUCUAUAUAAGUAAUCGGUUCUCUUUCAAGCAAUUCCAUAACUUUAACGCGUUGAUCUGUGGUUGAAAAACCGGUACCGAAUAGCAAAUACGCAAACAUUUAAACACACUUUGCAUAAAUACGCAAAUACACGUGCCACACAUGAGUUCAAGCAAGUGUUCUAAUAUUUUUGCUAUGUAUGGCGCUGGCAUGAUGAAAAUAUCAUUAUAGCAAUGGCUAUGGCUAAUUCCUACCUUGUAGGUACAUACCAUGGCAAAAUAUUAUCUAUCUAGCAAUUUUGGAAUCUAAACUUCGACGGGUGCAAAGUACAUUUGUAUUUGUAAAUUUUGUGUUUCUUGCAUUAUUAUAGACUGUUUAUUUUAUUAUCUUGACUUGUACACAGACUCUUCAGUCAGUAUAUUCCGCUUCCUGUGCAUAUCUGUCAAGUGUCAAUUGUUUGGUGUUGUCAAAUUUAUAAGAUUUCCUCCAAUACAAGGUGAAUUCAACAUUAUAAGGGAAAAUUUGUGAGAGCUAAAGGCGUGGAGUUUUAGAGAAAAAAAGGACUCUGUUCAAGUAAAACUUAAACGUUUAAAGAACCGAUUUUAAGGUAGACAGUUAGACCUUGCUUAUGGCAGUUGUCUCUUGUAACCUAUUUUUUGUUUCAUUAUGUUCAAUUUGCUGGUAUUAUAGCUUUAUAACAGCUGGUAAUACUGCAAUUGUCAUUUUGCAGAUUGAAGGACAUGAACCCAUGGCUAGGAAUAAAAUUAAAAAAAUUGCACAUAUGACAUUUCAUGAUUCAAUCAAAUAAACAAACCGAAUAGAUGAAUUAUUGCCCGAAAUUCGUACUUUUAUGCGUAUAAAGUGAAUAAAAUGCAUUUAUUUGCAUUUUUAUACAUUUUCCAUUAUUAAGCCUUUUAUGUUUUAUUUACACAAUAACCUCAAGGGCUUAAUAAGUUCGCCGCGAUUUUUUUGUCGACACAUAUAUGUGCCUACAAUAAAUAAAAUAAUGGAAAAUCUGCCGAUAAAAUAUACACCUUCCGAGCGGUUAUCUCCAUUAAUCCGCCCGUCACAUUAUAAAUUGAAUUUGCAUCCCGAUAUACAAAAAGGACUCUUUCAAGGCAAUGUGAUAAUAGACGUUACUGUUAACGAAGAAAAGAAUAACAUUGCUUUGCAUUCAAACUUUUUAAAAAUAAAAGAUGUGAGAGUGCAUAAAGAUGGUGAAGUUGUAAAUUUCUUAAAAUACUUUGAAGUGAAACCAUUGGAACAGUUGAUUAUUUAUUUCGAUAAUGCACUAAACUCGGGAAAUUACGAGAUAAGCAUUGAUUUUGAUGGUGAUUUGACUCGCAAUAUUGUCGGGUUUUACUUAUCUAAAUUUAAAGAUGAUAGAACAAUGGUGGCCAGUAAGUUUCAGCCCACAUAUGCUCGUCAGGCAUUCCCCUGUUUCGAUGAGCCUGACUUCAAAGCUACCUAUGACAUAGCACUAGUAAAACCGCCAUCUUACAAAGCAUUGUCUAACAUGAAUGAAAUAUCAAAGAGUUUUGAUCCCACUACUAAUAUGGAUACAGUAAAGUUUGCAACCAGUGUCCCUAUGUCAACAUAUUUGGCAUGUUUUGUAGUCUGUGACUUUGACUUUAAAGAAACUGUGAUAAAUUCAAAUGGCAUUGGAAAGAAUUUUACAUUACGCUCAUUUGCUCAAAAAGGAGAAACACAUAAGAUUGAUUUUGCUCAAGAUAUAGGCCAAAGAGCCACAGAGUUUUAUAUUAAGUAUUAUGAAGUGCCCUUCCCCCUGCCAAAGCUAGAUAUGAUAGCAAUCCCUGAUUAUGUGUCUGGUGCUACUGAGCAUUGGGGUCUAAUUACAUACCGUGAGACAUCCUUCCUAGUAGACAACGCGACGGCAUCUUCAAAGAACAAAAUAAGUGUUGCCAACACUAUUGCCCAUGAAUUGGCACACAUGUGGUUUGGCAAUCUAGUUACAAUGAAAUGGUGGGAUGAAGUUUGGCUGAAUGAAGGUUUUGCGUCAUACUUGCAAGUCAAAUCCUUGAAUGCGUUAGAACCAUCAUGGUCUAUGCUGGAUCAAUUUUUGACGAAAACAUUACACCCGGUAUUGGAUGAAGACGCAAAGCUCUCAAGUCAUCCCAUAGUACAAACAGUGGCAACACCAGAUCAGAUCACGGCUAUUUUUGAUAGGAUUUCGUAUAACAAGGGUGCAUCAGUGUUGAGGAUGUUGGAAGGAUUUGUCGGCGAAGAAAACUUUCGUCAGGGUGUGAGCGACUAUCUCAAGAAACACGAAUUCGGCAACACGGUGACUCAAGAUUUGUUAAACGCUCUGUCAUCUUACUUCAAAAAAAACAAUCCGAAUUUGAAUUUGACACAUAUCAUGAAUACCUGGACGCGACAAAUGGGCUAUCCCGUGCUAUCUGUUCGACCAGCAGACAAGCCCAACACCUAUGAAAUAACGCAGUCGAGAUUCCUGUAUGACAAGGACGCGAAAUAUACAAACGACUCGUCAUAUAACUAUCGGUGGUUCGUGCCCAUAACAUACAAGACAGAUGGUAGAAAGAGUGAGAAUAUUCUGUGGUUCCCUGACUCUGUUGACAAGGUUACGUUGACCUUGGAGAAUGACGCUAAAUGGUUGAAAAUAAACAAUGAUCAGGUUGGAUACUACAGAGUGCAUUACACAAAUGAGAUGUGGCAAAAUCUCAUAGAACAAUUAUUAUCUAAUCCAACACAGCUAACAAUAUCCGACCGUGCGCAUUUACUAGACGAUGCUUUCGCACUGGCCGAAGCAGAGAUCCUGCCUUACGAAAUAGCGCUUAAUCUCAGCAAGUACCUCGUCAAGGAAAAUGAUUACGUGCCCUGGGAGGCUGCCUCGUCCAUACUCCUCGACUUAUCUGGACGGUUGCUGAACUCAUUGGCUUAUGAAGAUUUUCAGAAAUACGCACAAGGUUUGCUGAAACCGCUUUAUGAUAAGCAAAGCUGGGACAAAAAAAAUAUCAAUGUCAUUGAUGGUUUACUACGGACGAGAAUAUUGUCACUCGCCACGCGUUUUGAGGUGGCCGACGCCGAAGCAAAGGUGCGAAGUUUAUUCCUGAACUGGCUCCAUAAUCACGGAACACCAAACGCCAUCGAAAUAGAACCCGAUCUACGUGAUUUCGUUUACUAUUACGGUAUGAAGUCAUCAUCUCAAGAAGAAUGGGACAAGUUAUGGAACAUUUAUUUGAACGAGACGGAUGUUCAGGAAAGUGCUAAACUGAGGCACGCGUUAUCUGGACCACGCGACACUAACAUUCUAAGAAGAUUUCUUCUUCUCGCGUGGGAUGAGAGAAACAUCAGAAGCCAAGACUAUUUGACGGUGCUGCAUCAGAUCUCCAGCAAUCCGUCGGGCACCGCGCUGGUGUGGGACGACGUGCGCACGCGCUGGGGCGAGCUCGUCCACAGGUUCACGCUCAACAGCAGAUACCUCGGCAACUUGAUCCCGGCUAUCACUAGUUCCUUCAAUACUGAACUUAAGCUGAAAGAGAUGGAGGAGCUGUUCUCGCGGUUCCCGGCGGCGGGCGCGGGGCGGGGCGCGCGGCGCGCGGCGCUGCGCGCUGGGCGCGCGCGGGCACGUGCGCGCCGUGCGGGGCUGGCUGCGGGCACACGCCGCAUAGCGCACGCUUACACUCUACACUCUUUUUAUUAAAUACUUACAAACUGCUCUAUAAAUAAGUAUCAUUCUAUGACAUUAUUUUCUCCAAACUUUUGCGACGUAAUAGGACAUGUAAACCGGUAUCGCUGAGGUGUCGAAACAGAAAAUAGUUCAGCAAACGACUUAAUACGAAAACUCCUCAAAAGUCUUCUUUCUACAAAUUAACUAAAAUAAAUAUUUUGCAAACAUAACCAUCAAGAAUUCGGACUGCUAAAAGUAUUGUUCGAUGAUUUGACAUCUAUAAACACGAUAUUUGUUCGAAAAAUAAAAUUAUUCGGAAUAAGUAUUUGUAUGUUAGAACAAUAUUUUAUACCUAUUACGAUUACAAAAUAUUAAACAGCGGAUUGAAUUUUUAUGCUAUUUGGUUUUUAUUAAAUAAAUUAUCCGCAGGUU